AUGGCUUCUGCAGGGCUGCAGAUUUUUGCAUUCUCUUUGUUUUUAUUUGCUUUCCUAGGAGUAAUUGCAACCACAGGGCUGCCAAACUGGAAGGUAAAUACCUUUGCGGAAUCAAAUGUAAUCUCUACAACGACAUACAUGAAAGGUCUCUGGAUGGAGUGCACUUGGUAUAGCACAGGGGUCUUCAGCUGCAGGUUUAACUUCUCAAUCCUAGCCCAGCCUGUGUACAUUCAAGUCUCCCAAGCUAUGAUGGUUCUGUCAUGUCUUACAUCAAUGCUAGGAAUCGGCAUUUCCUUGCCUGGUAUGAAGUGCAUAAGAUGGGGAGGAGAUCAAAGGACAAAACGUUGUGCUGCCAUUACAGGAGGGGUCUGUUUCAUUACUGCUGGCAUAAUGUGUUUAGUUUCACUAUUCUGGUUCACAACAGAGCUAGUAAGCCACUACUUCAAACAAUCUGUCUCAGAAGAUAACAGAUAUGAAAUAGGAGGAGCAAUAUAUCUUGGAUGUAUUUCUGCAGGGUUCUCAUUUAUUGCAGGUGCAAUUUUCUGCACAUCCUGCAACAGGGAGCUACAGAGAGAAAAUGUUCAACUCUCAAACAGACAGCACUACUCUAUGCACCAGUCUUUGGGACAUAAGGCAGACUAUUCCCUUCAAGAUUAUGUGUAA